AUGAAUGGCAAAGAUAGUGAGCAAGAACCUUUUGAAGAUAGUGGAAGAUUUGGGGAUGCUUGCUUGACUCCAACUGGUGAGACUGCUAACUGUAUACCUGCUAAUCAAUGUAAAGCAGUGCUAGAUGUUCUACGAAGUGCAAAAAGACCAUUGCCUCCAAGCGUUAGUAAACAAAUAAACGCAUAUUACUGCGGCUUUGCCGACAACAUAGCCCAUGUUUGCUGUCCACAAGGGCCUAUAAUAAUCAAAGAUGGUUCGACGCCAGAACCACCACCAGAUGUAUCGAAUCAUAGAAACCUAUUUUUGAUACCCCCUAACUGUGGUCAACUAGACCUACAAAAUAAGAUUAGAAAUGGUCAAAAUGCUGAUUUAAAUGAAUUCCCUUGGAUGGCUUUACUAAGAUAUAGAGUAGGUAUAUCGAAUAUUUUGUCCUUUGGGUUAAUAACUGCUCAAGUCAAAAUAAAAAUUGAAGUUUUUUAUAAUAUCCUUGUGUAUAUUGUAAAUUCUGAUGCUAUAUCUGCUCAAGCUAUUUGUAUUAAGAAUUUCGAACCAGGACACCUUCAUAUCCGCCGGUGA